CUGCAACGUGCCGUGCGUUUGAAAAUGACGGCUCCAAGUUAAAAACCAUAUUCAUGUCCGUAUUCGUCCUCGAGCACUGUUGAAAGAUCGGGCAACGAUUGUAGACUAGCGACAACUGGUCCCCGAACAAGCACGGGUUCGUGUGUUCCGAUAAUUUCGAACCACGCCUUCGUAAGCAGUUCAAAGCGGAUGCCGUGCCGACAGUGUUCGAUCAGACCAAGCCGAGCGAGCCGUCAGCACCACGAAGAAAAGCCGUCAAAAGGAGAGCGGAAUGGGUGUACGCAAAGCUGGCGAGCAAGAAGAAGAAGAAGAGCGCGUUCAGGCGAGCCACGUGGUCACGAUUCACGUGCCCAAGAAGGCGAAGAAGCUGUAGCGGCGAAUCACCCGUGUUUCCCGUCGUUCCGCUGUCACCCUGGCUUCAGACAUAAAAUGCCGAGCCACGCCGAGCGACCCUUCGCUGGUUGCUUCCGCGCACGAGCCGCAGCAGCAGCUGCAGCCAGGGGCGGCCUCGCCCAAGAACGCAGCCAUGGAGGCGCUGCGCCGCUAUCGUCCCGCGGUCAAGGGGGCCACGCCCACCGCGGCCCCGGACGACCCCAGCGCCGGGGGCUGCCACCAGCGCGCCAUGAUGGUCGCCCUGCUGGUCAACGUGUCGGCGGGCAUGGCGCUGGGCUACGCCUCCGUGUCCAUGCCCAGCAUCGAGCUCGAGCCCUGGUACAGCAUGCAGUACAGUGCGACCCACGAAGAGUGGAUCGCCAACGUCGUGCUGCUCGGGGCUGUCGCUGGAGCGCUGCUCUCUGGGCUCCUUCUCCACCUGCUGGGCCCCAGAAGAACGUUGCUGCUGUGCGCCUUCGGCCUAAUCAACGCCUGGAUAUGCGUCGCCGUGUCCAGCAGCGUCAACAUGCUGUUCAUCGGCCGCAUAACGUGCGGAAUCUGGCUCGGCGUCUCCACCAACUCCGUGAGCCUCUACGUCUGCGACGUGGCUCCUCCCACAAAGAGGACCUUCUUUGGAUCGCUCACCGAGGUGGCCGUGAGCUUGGGCAUGCUAGCGGCCUACGUGCUGGGUCGUCUUGCGUGGCAGUUGUCGGCGAUCCUGUUCACGCUGGCGCCGGUGCCAGUGUUCGUGUUCCACAACAACCUCAUCGAAAGCCCGCGCUGGUUUGUGACCAAAGGCCGCUACCGUGACUCAAACACGGCCAUGGUGCGGCUUUACGGCGACGACGUGCCCCCGGACUUCAGGUUCGACCGGACGGGAGACGAUUCGAACGUCUCUACAGUCGGCUGGCAGAAGCUGGCCAGGAUACUGUCGGUGUGCCUGCUGCUGAACCUGCUGCAGAGUGUGUCGUGCGCGCAGCUCGUGAUGCUGCGCGCCGUGCAGGUGGCGGGUCCCCUCGUGGACGUGAUCGCACCGCAGGAGUCGGCCUGCCUGCUGCUCGCCAUGCACGUCACCUGCGCGACCCUAUUCGCCGCUCUCACCCGCUUCGUCGGCCGCCGCCAGCUGCUCAUUGUCUCGGCCGUGCUGGUCACUGCCGUCCUGUCCACCAUGCGUCCGUUAGAUCACGUCGUCUUCAGCCAAUGGACGCCCGACCAGGCCAGCGCAACCAGGUGGGACGCCCUGUGCUCCAUCUGCCUGCUGGUGCUGGCCUACUCGGUGGGCCUGUGCCACGUGCCUCCACUGGUGAUCAGCGAGCUGCUGCCCCUGAAGGGGUGGCGCUACCUGAGCGCCUCGUUCGUCUGGUUCUGGCGCUGGCUGGUCACCUUUGGGAUGGUCCACUUCGACGAGGAGCUGCUGAGGGCCGGCGACUUCAAGAACCUGUCGCUGGCGUUCGGCCUGGCGGUGCUUCUGGUGGCCGGGGCCGCUGUUCCCUUCGUGCCGGAGACCGAAGGCCGCACGCUGACCGACAUUCACCGCGACGAGUGACGGCGCGACCACGUACGGCGCCCCUUCGCCGUUGACAGUGUGCACCAGCGUGUCGAAAUAUUUGUCGCGCUUCGUGGCUGCUCGGCAGACUUUAUGAACUGCGUCACGCGGAUAAAAAACCGUUGCAUUGCUUU